CAGUAACUUCCCUUCGACAAGAAAAAGAAACAACAAUUAAAUCAAGGCCGAAAUCAUAUCUCGCUUAGAUUACUACAAUCUAUUAUGGGAUCGCGCCAAUGGGCUUAUAUAUAAUUGCCCCAGACUCUCCGAGUCGCCAUGGACGAUUUUUCCGACGAUGACUUUGACGCCUUAAAUGCGAAUGUUUUGGAAGAACUCGAAAACAAUGCCAUUCAAUUUACACAAGGCCAGAAAAAAUACCAACCCUCCCAAACUCAGCAUCGACUCGAGGCUGAUUUCGAUGACGAUGACCUCGACGACACCGUUGUACAAGAUGAAUUACGUGGUGGAAAUCCCGUCCUAUUACCAGAAAAUGCGACAACAAUUCCUUCGAGGGUAGCUCCCCAACAACCAAAUCAAGCAGCUUGGACUGGUACAGUACCAGUUCCUCCUAAUCGCUUUCAUCCACAAUCAAUCGCUUCUUCUCGACAUCCGAUACAAGCUCCUACCAAUUAUCGCCAAUCCCAAAAUGCUACAUCUCGCGCGCCGGCUCCCUCUUAUAGCCAUAUCCGAUCACCUCCUCCUUUACCUCGACCGGCCCCCUCUAUUGCUCCGAGAUACCAAGCUUCGCAAGCCCCAAGAUUGAACGCGCCAUCAAACCACGAACUUGCAUCUCUCCAAGCCCAAAUCUUAGACCUAAAAACACGACUUACUACCAAAGACGGCGAAAUAGGCAUUGUUCGGAAACGGUUAGAAAAAACGCGUGAAGAGCACGAUCGCGAACUUCAGACGUUAAAGAAACAAGCUGCCGAACAAUUAGCUAAGCAUGAGAGAGCACUUGAAGCUGCAAAGGCCGCUCAGCAGGCUGCUAGUACGGAGCUCGAAUUUACCAGGCGAGAUCUUAAAGAUGAGCUUGACCGUACCAAGCGCAAAGAUGGCCCAGUUACACCUAAGAAAAACGCAGCCGCAAAGUCAUGGGGUAUUGCUGAUGGGUUUGAAGAUGUUGAGAUGGCCGCUAGUCCAAGUAAAGGACAACGCGGUAGGAAUAUCGGUGCCGUAGCCAAUACUGUUGUCGAGCCUCCCGCAAGACAAGCCAAAACUCCGACAAGAGGGAAACGAAAACGUCCAGCCAUUGAUAGUCCCGUCACGGCUCUAGAAAUACAAUCAGAGGAUAUUGUAAUGCUAGACUAUCCAAACACACACGACACCAAUAACCUACAACCAAUGAAUACCACAAGUAGAGCUACACCAUCUGAUUAUAAGAAGGUGGUGCUCAAUUAUAGUUCCACACGUGGUCGCGGACUUACUUUCGAAUAUCUGACUAGAUUCAAGCUUCCCUCAAGACCUACGGAAAGUCUAGGUUCGAUUCUCCUUCAGAAAUUCGCGAUAAUUGAUGAUACUGAAGAUCCUAUGCGUCUCCCCAUAGAGUUUUGUGAAGAGGUGAUUCAGCUAUGGCAAAGUUGUCUUAAUGACCAUUACUUGGAACCUAUAAUGGAGCUAGUUUCUUUGAUAUCUCUAACCCUUCAAUUGCAUACCGCUGCUGUUGCUCCCUAUAUCGCGCCAUCUCUCCUACCAAUCGCUAUGGAAUCCUGUUUUGGGGUUGGAAUUCCAAGGUGGCAUCAUGAAGGUCCUGGAGAUCCGCUAGGGGAAGAAUGGAAAGAUUUCAACGCGAAUAUUUCGCCUACGGAAAUUCUCUCGCUUUUAUAUCUAACUGCUCUAGGUUGUGCGGCUUCACCACCCAUCAGCGGUAUUGUAGAUCCCGCAGCCGAUUUCUGGAGUCAGGUUCAAGUCGAGUUUGUCCUCUAUCAUAUUAGCCAAAAACAUCCUGUAGAGGAUUACUUGGUAAUCAUGAAUUGGCUAUGUACGUCAGUAUUACCGGACAGUAUUGGACCCAUCAGUCCCGUGAAGACGGUAGAGGAGGUAGCAGGUGCGGUGAUUGAGAGAAUGUCUCUUCAACUUAUCGAAAAGCCACGUUGGGAUAUUGAUCAAUACAAACUGCGAAGUGUUCGAAACGCGGUAUUAAGAACGCUGGCGGCUUUUGCUAGAUCUUCGUUUGGUCUUGCGCAACUUGCUAUCAAUAACCACGCUAUUCCUCGACUAGUCAUUUUACUCUCCUCAUGUAUGGAUGAGCUCUACGAUGGGGAUAUGCGAUAUCAGUCAAUUGAAGAAGACGAUUCGGAAAAGGAGUUGCAGACGUUGGUAGCGCGUACAAUAUUGCUACUACACACGAUCAUCACAAACCCAUUGACUUCCGACUUGGUAAAUGUUUCAAACAAAUUAGCCAAGACGGUGGGGCUGUCCCAAAAGUACCUCGUAAGCUUAGGAAGACUCAAUUUCUCGGAAGAUUUGGUAUCGGAAGAAACGGCAGAGCUGGCGCACGAAUUAUUGGAAUUAGCGGUAACACCAGAAGAGGGUGAAGAAUUAGGUCGCUUCUUCGGGGGGUGAUGUUUUCUGGCUAUGUAUGAAGAUACCUUGUUGCCUUAUGAAUAUACGAGGAUAGCAAUCUCUAGAUAUACCUAGAUAUACCCCAGGUAGGUAAUCAAGACCACGUUGUGAGUAUCGUUGAGUUUGUCAUGCUACUCUAGGAGUUUGUAGUUGACCAUGCGAUGUAUCAACCAUGACCCAAGUUUGGUAUGUAAAAUCAUUGAGAAUCAACGUAUGAUAUUCCCUAUAUCAGAGGGUAGAUAGACUAAGAGGUUGAACGUCGGAAUAGAUGAGG